AUGUGUCAACAUUUCAAAUAUCAAGGAAUCUCGGACAAUGCUAUUAGGCUAAGGCUUUUCCCACACACCUUGCGGGACAAGGCACUUGAAUGGUUGGAUUCACUUCCUAUUGCAAGCAUCACUACUUGGAACGAGUUGGCUCAUAAAUUCUGCACGAAGUUCUUCUUACCAGCCAAGAUAGCGAAACUAAGACAUGAGAUAUCGAUAUUCAGUCAAGGGGAGUCUGAAUCAUUUGACGAAGCCUGGAAUAGAUUCAAAAACAUGCUCCGAAAGUACCCUCAACAUGGGUUCGACAAAAAGACCCAAAUCCGAUUCUUCUAUACAGGGUUACUCCCACACUUCAAAAGCAUGGUGGACUCAUCAUCAGAUGGUUCGAUUUCCACACGAACAAUCGAUGGAGCACUGGAAUUGUUUGAAAGAAUGGCUACCACUUCAGCCAUGUGGUCCUCUGAGCGGGUGAUUCAGAAGAAGCCUUCGGGUAUCUAUGAGGUAGAUGCAUAUUCAGCCAUAUCUGCGAAGAUUGACUCGUUGUUUCACAAGGUAGAAAGCAUGUCACAAACAACACAAAAUAAGAAGAUUAGCUAUGAAGAAUGUGGAGCUGAGCAUAAAACAUCAGAGUGUCCAAUUUUAAUGCAAGGAGUUGAACAAACAGAUUUUGUGCAAUGGGGUCAACGCCAACAAAAUAACCCACAUUCGGAAACCUUCAAUCAAGGCUGGAGAAAACACCCAAACUUCUCGUGGAAUAAUCAGAAUCAAAACAAACCACAAGCGAUCAAGAAUUUGGAGACACAAAUGGGACAGAUGGCAAUCUCUAUGACGGAAAUCCAUGUCAAGAGACCAAGUGUGACUGUAGAGACAUCCUCCUCUGCUAAAGAUGAGACUACUGUAAAGGAAUCAACUCCAGGGAAAAAUUCAAAAAAAUCACAGGAUAAGGCCAAGGUUACAGUCAACCCAUACGAGCCUCCAAUUCCCUUUCCACAGCGGUUGAAGAAGCAUAAAAUGGAGCAGCAGUACAAGAAAUUUCUAGAAGUCUUCAAAAAGCUCCAUAUCAACAUCCCACUAGCCGAUGCACUAUUACAAAUGCCCAGCUAUGCAAAAUUUCUAAAAGACAUAUUAUCAAAUAAACGCAAGCUGGAGGAUCAUGAAACAGUAAUGCUAACCGAAGAUAUUAAUCUUAUGCCUUUAUCUAUUUUCAAGAAACUAGGAUUGGGAGAGCCUAAAGAAACUACAGUAACUCUACAGUUGGCUGAUCGAUCACUUACACAUCCACGAGGGAUUAUCGAAGAU